UGCACAACUGAGGUUUCAAGAAUAAGAGAGAAAGUGAAGAGCCAACUGCAACUUACGGAUCGUAAAUAAGAUAUUUGGGUAAAAUAUAUCUUAAUUAUGGUGCUAAUACGGUGAAAGCUUUCCCCAAAAUAAAAAGACUGCAUUUUCCCACAGUGAGGGACUUAACAUCAAUAAUUUAAAACAAGUUAAUUCGAAGGAACAAAUCCUUAAUAAAACUAGUAGAAAAGUACCAAAUCUAUAAUUUUUUUUAAAAAAAAUGACAUUCCAAAAGGACCAUUUUUGUAAUUUUGUCAAAACAAAAUCAAGUUCAUAAUUUGAGCCCUAAAAAACUCCUAAUUUAUUGUCGGAGCUCCACUGCGUCCCUUCCUCGCCGGUGACGUUUCCAGUUGUCAGACAAGUUCAGACCCUAAAUUCAUUACCGAAGCGAUUAACCUUCUGAAGUACAUCUAACUAGGUCAUGAAUGGCACAUCAACAGCACUUCUGAAUAUCAGCCACUUAUUUACCCGAACCAUAGUUCCAACUGCCACUCAAAUCGAGUCUCUUUUAUAUAACUAUGCAGCCAACAAAUCUCUCACUGACAUUAAAAAGCUCCACGCCCAUGUCAUCACAUCAGGCCUCCUUACACAAUGGGAAUCACGUUACAUUCCCGCUCUCCUUUCAUCUGGGUAUGCAUUAUCAGGUCACCUCCCAUACGCACGCCAACUGUUUGAUAAAUUGCAUCAGAGAACCAAGCGCUCAUACAACAGUAUGAUAAAGCUGUACACCGAGAAGGGAUUUCCAUAUAACGCACUUGAGAUGUUUGUGGAAAUGCUCAAGUCAGGAACAACAAAGCCAGAUAGGCUCACAUACCCUUUUGUGGUUAAAUCUUGUGCUGAACUUUCAAUGUUGCAGUUUGGUUUAUCGGUUCAUGGUUUGAUUCUACAUAGUGGUGUUGAAUCAAACACAUUUGUGGGUAAUUCUUUGCUAGCAAUGUACAUGAGUUUUGGCAAAAAAGAUGAAGCUAAACGAGUUUUUGAUGACAUGCAUGACAAGUGUGUGGUAUCUUGGAACACUUUGAUUAGUGGGUGUUUUAAAAACGGAUUCGCAAACGAAUCUUUGAGUGUUUUCAAUGAAAUGAUUGAUUCAAAGAUGGAGAUUGAUAAUGCUACAAUUGUCUCCAUUCUUCCCGCUUGUGCUUAUCUGAAAGAGAUAGAUAUCGGAAGAAAGAUUCAUGAUUUAGUGAAAAAGAACAAUUUGGAUGAAAACUUAUACGUUAGAAACGCUUUAAUAGACAUGUAUGUAAAAUGUGGUGAAAUGGAAGAUGCACGAAUUGUAUUCAAUGAAACUAAUCAAAGAGAUGUAGUGACAUGGACUUCAAUGAUAAAUGGCUACAUUGUGAAUGGAGAUACAAGAACUGCUAUCUCACUUUGCCCAUUGAUGUUACAUGAAGGUGUAGACCCUAAUGCAUUAACUUUAGCUUCUCUUCUUUCAUCAUGUGCGGAUUUAAAGCAUUUAAAACAUGGUAAAACCUUUCACGCAUGGGCAAUGAAGAACAAUCUUGAUUCUGAUGUAAAUGUAGAAACCGGAUUAAUCGACAUGUAUGCAAAAUGUACGUUUUUUACAUAUAGUUUUCGUACAUUUAACAAAACAUCAAAAACAAGAACAGCACCAUGGAACGCGAUUCUUUCCGGAAGCAUAGAAAAUGGACUUUACACAGAAGCAAUAUUGUUUUUCAAAAAAAUGAGACUCGAAGGCGUGGGACCCAAUGAAGCAACUAUAAAAUGUGUUCUACCCGCAUAUGCGAUUACAACAAAUCUUAAGCAAGUAACAAACUUCCAUGGGUAUCUAAUAACAUCGGGGUUUCUUUCAAAAAACGAUUUAGCCACCGGUUUAAUCGAUAUAUAUGCGAAAUCCGGAGCUUUAGAACAAGCGUAUGUUCAAUUUACCGAAAUACCCUUGAAAGAAAGGGAUAUUGUGUUAUGGAGCGUGUUGAUAUCGGGUUAUGGGAAACACGGGAAUGGAGAGGGUGCGGUUUUGCUUUUUAACCAAAUGGUUGAAUGUAAAGUGGAACCGAAUGAGGUGAGUUUUACUUCUGUUUUACAUGCUUGUAGUCAUUCGGGUUUAGUGGAUGAGGGUUUGAGGUUGUUUAAAAUGAUGGAAGAUUACGGAAUUACCCCUCGUCCUUAUCAUUACACGUGUGUGAUUGAUCUUCUUGGUAGGGCGGGGAGGGUUGAGGAGGCGUAUGGGUUAAUUACUAAGAUGCCCGUGAGUCCGAAUUGUACGGUGUGGGGGGCGUUAUUGGGCGCGUGUGCGGUCCAUGAGAAUGUGGAAUUGGGGGAAGUGGCGGCGAAGAAGCUGUUUGAGUUGGAACCGGAGAACACGGGGAAUUAUAUUUUGAUGGGGAAUAUUUAUGCGGCUGUUGGUAGGUGGGAAGAGGCUGAGAAUGUGAGAAAUAUGAUGAAUCAAAUUGGACUUAGGAAAUCACCUGCUCAUAGCUUUGUAUGAGUGAAUUUGGUAUGAAACUAUGAAGGCGAUUUUCGUUCAAAAUUAUGUUUUGAAUCUAGGGUUUAUUGAGUAUUAACAUUAACAUGAAGAAUAAUUUCACUUAA